UCGACCCCUUCUCACUGGCGUGCGCAGAAAACACACUCUGCGUGUGCAGAAAACACGCUCUGCGUGCGCCCGGGCUGACGCGCGGGACCUAGACUUCAGACGCGCGGCGUGCGUCGCUGCAGCGGCCGCCGCCAGUGGUGGUGGUUGCGAUCCGGGAGUGAGGACGGAGGCAUGCCCGGAGCGGAUUUCAGAUGGAAAUGUGAGUGGUUCGACUGGCGGGUGGUCGAGCAUGAACGUCCCGCUUUACCUGCUCACCGUCGCGCACUUGGUGGCCGCGGCGCGUCGCAACGGUGAGAAACAGGAGGUCCGCUCAGGACGCAGGACGUGCCGGCUCUACUGCAGGGUGGGCAUUGGCUUCCACCUCCAGAUCCACUCGGACGGCAGAGUCAACGGCAGCCAUGAGGCCAAUCGACUGAGUGUUCUGGAGUUGUUUGCCGUGUCCCAAGGUGUGAUCGGAAUCCGAGGAGUCUACAGCAACAGAUUUCUGGCCAUGAAUAAGAGAGGACGCCUCCAUGCCACUAAUUCAUUUAACGAUGACUGCAAGUUCCGCGAGCGUUUCCAGGAGAACAGUUACAACACGUACGCGUCCGUGCUCCAUUGGAACCGCCGGACUGGUCGCCAGUGGUUUGUGGCCCUCAACAAGCGAGGCAAAGCCAAGAUGGGCUCCAGCCCACGGGUCAAAGCCCAGCAUAUCUCCACGCACUUCCUGCCCAGAGUCGGCUUCGGCGGCGAUGGCAGCAGCAGUGAGCACGGGUUCGCUGUCACGGACGGGAAAAGCGACGAGCAGCGGGAAACGCCGCCCAAGUUGCCACCCGGACCCCCUGCCCGUCCAGAGAAACCAAAGGUCCAGGAUGGGGCCCGGCCCAGACAGGUCAAGUACUGGCCCAAGUAUCGCUUUGGAUAGAAUGAGCAGCCUCAGAAAUACUUCAGAGCAUUCCCGGCACAAUCGACCCUCGACGAAAAACUUGUAAUUUUCGGAAAAAGUUCUUUUGGAUCGCCGAUUUAUGAUGUCGAUCCACUAGCUCUUUAUGUCGAGUGUUUUGCUGCAUUUCGGGAAACAGCAAAGUCAGAACAUUUUUUUUUUUCGCUCUGACUGUAAAAAUUAGGGAGGGGUAAGCAC